AUGGAAGAAAUAAAAAGUCACUUAGAGAAUAAGGGUUGGUUUUUAAGUGAUAAUGGUCUUAAUUAUAUACAAGAUAAUCUCGAGACUGAAGUAUCGAACGUCAAUGAUAUCAUUAAAGAAGCCUUAAACACGGACCUUCGUAAAAUAGGGAAAGGUUAUUUACCUCAUGAUUUGUCCAAACAAAAAUUAAUAACUGGACCGUUGAUUUUACAAUUAUUAUCUGUAUUAAAUUUAUCGGCUCCAAUUCAAAAUCAACAUUUAUCCCCAAGAUUUCUUCAAUUAUUAUUUACGGAUGGAGUAAAGAAAGUUAAAGGGAUUGAAAUAUUUGGACAUGUCGAGAAUGUCAGUUUAGAUACACCACCGGGAACUAAAUUCCUAGUAACAAAUGAAAUUACAGUUCAUGAUAAUUUAUUAUACCUGGGACCAAAUUUAUUAAAAAAUUUGGGUGGAGAAGUUGAUGAAAUGAUAAGAGAAUGGAGGGUUGGAAAACAAUUCAUAGUUCGAGGUCAUUCAUCAACAAAGAAAAAUAAUUAUAAUUAUGAAAUAGUUGAAGUGGAAGUGAUAACAUUAUCCACUUCCUCUUCAUCAUCCGUCACCACUUAUAAUCAAGGAACUUAUAAUCAAGGAACUCAUAAUCAAGGUACUUAUAAUACGGGUACUUAUAAUCAAGGAAAUAUUCGAAGAGGGGGAGGAUAUUCAAACCCGGCGAAAAACGACUCAGAUCAAAUUCAAUAA